CAGCACAGCCCGGCUCGACUCCCACCCCACUCCGGGACAGUAGCAGCUGCAGCAGUCGCCGCCGCCGAGAGAGAAGGUGGAGGAAGAAACCCAGCCCCUAGCACGCGCGCACCAUCAUGGACCAUUAUGAUUCCCAGCAAACCAACGACUACAUGCAGCCCGAAGAGGACUGGGAUAGAGACAUGCUCCUGGACCCGGCCUGGGAGAAGCAGCAGAGAAAGACAUUCACGGCAUGGUGCAACUCACACCUCCGCAAGGCCGGGACGCAGAUCGAGAACAUAGAGGAGGACUUCCGGGAUGGCCUGAAGCUCAUGCUGCUGCUGGAGGUCAUCUCAGGUGAGCGCCUGGCCAAGCCGGAGCGAGGCAAGAUGCGGGUGCACAAGAUCUCCAACGUCAACAAGGCCCUGGACUUCAUAGCCAGCAAGGGGGUCAAGCUGGUGUCCAUUGGAGCGGAAGAAAUCGUGGAUGGGAAUGCGAAAAUGACCCUGGGCAUGAUCUGGACCAUCAUCCUCCGCUUCGCCAUCCAGGACAUCUCCGUGGAAGAGACGUCAGCGAAGGAAGGGCUGCUCUUGUGGUGUCAGAGAAAGACAGCCCCUUACAAAAACGUCAACAUCCAGAACUUCCACAUAAGCUGGAAGGACGGCCUUGGCUUCUGUGCCUUGAUCCACCGACACCGGCCCGAGCUGAUCGACUACGGGAAGCUGCGGAAGGACGAUCCCCUCACAAAUCUGAACACGGCCUUCGACGUGGCGGAGAAGUACCUGGACAUCCCCAAGAUGCUGGAUGCCGAAGACAUCGUGGGGACCGCCCGACCGGAUGAGAAAGCCAUCAUGACUUACGUGUCCAGCUUCUACCAUGCCUUCUCUGGCGCCCAGAAGGCGGAGACAGCAGCCAAUCGUAUCUGCAAGGUGCUGGCCGUCAACCAGGAGAAUGAACAGCUCAUGGAAGACUACGAGAAGCUGGCCAGUGAUCUGCUGGAGUGGAUCCGCCGCACCAUCCCGUGGCUGGAGAACCGGGCGCCCGAGAACACCAUGCAGGCCAUGCAGCAGAAGCUGGAGGACUUCCGCGACUACCGGCGCCUGCACAAGCCACCCAAGGUGCAGGAGAAGUGCCAGCUGGAGAUCAACUUCAACACGCUGCAGACCAAGCUGCGCCUCAGCAACCGGCCCGCCUUCAUGCCCUCCGAGGGCAGGAUGGUCUCAGAUAUCAACAAUGCCUGGGGCUGCCUGGAGCAGGCAGAGAAGGGCUAUGAGGAGUGGCUGCUGAAUGAGAUCCGGAGGCUGGAGAGGCUUGACCACCUGGCGGAGAAGUUCCGGCAGAAGGCUUCCAUCCACGAGGCCUGGACGGACGGCAAAGAGGCCAUGCUGCAGCAGAAGGAUUACGAGACGGCCACCCUGUCGGAGAUCAAGGCUCUGCUCAAGAAGCACGAGGCCUUUGAGAGCGACCUGGCUGCCCACCAGGACCGCGUGGAGCAGAUCGCCGCCAUUGCACAGGAGCUCAAUGAGCUGGACUAUUACGACUCACCCAGUGUCAACGCCCGGUGCCAAAAGAUCUGUGACCAGUGGGACAAUCUAGGGGCCCUAACUCAGAAGCGGAGGGAAGCCCUGGAGCGGACAGAAAAACUGCUGGAAACCAUAGACCAGCUAUACUUGGAGUACGCCAAGCGGGCUGCGCCCUUCAACAACUGGAUGGAGGGGGCCAUGGAGGACCUGCAGGACACCUUCAUCGUGCACACCAUCGAGGAGAUCCAGGGACUGACCACAGCGCAUGAGCAGUUCAAGGCCACCCUCCCGGAUGCCGACAAGGAGCGCCUGGCCAUCCUGGGUAUCCACAACGAGGUGUCCAAGAUUGUCCAGACCUACCAUGUCAACAUGGCAGGCACCAAUCCCUACACCACCAUCACACCUCAGGAGAUCAACGGCAAAUGGGACCAUGUGCGGCAACUGGUGCCUCGGAGGGACCAGGCCCUGACGGAGGAGCAUGCCCGCCAGCAGCACAAUGAGAGGCUACGCAAGCAGUUCGGGGCACAGGCCAACGUCAUCGGGCCCUGGAUCCAGACCAAGAUGGAGGAGAUCGGGAGGAUCUCCAUCGAGAUGCACGGGACCCUGGAGGACCAGCUCAGCCACCUGCGGCAGUACGAGAAGAGCAUCAUCAACUACAAGCCCAAGAUCGACCAGCUGGAGGGCGACCACCAGCUCAUCCAGGAGGCGCUCAUCUUCGACAACAAGCACACCAACUACACCAUGGAGCACAUACGCGUGGGCUGGGAGCAGCUCCUCACCACCAUCGCCAGGACCAUCAACGAGGUGGAGAACCAGAUCCUGACCCGGGAUGCCAAGGGCAUCAGCCAGGAGCAGAUGAACGAGUUCCGGGCCUCCUUUAACCACUUUGACCGGGAUCACUCCGGCACGCUGGGUCCCGAGGAGUUCAAAGCCUGCCUCAUCAGCUUGGGUUAUGAUAUUGCCAACGACCCCCAGAAGAAGACAGGCAUGAUGGACACGGAUGAUUUCCGAGCCUGCCUGAUCUCCAUGGGUUACAACAUGGGAGAGGCAGAAUUUGCCCGAAUCAUGAGCAUUGUGGACCCCAACCGCCUGGGGGUAGUGACAUUCCAGGCCUUCAUCGACUUCAUGUCCCGGGAGACGGCCGACACAGACACAGCAGACCAAGUCAUGGCUUCCUUCAAGAUCCUGGCGGGCGACAAGAACUACAUCACCGUGGACGAGCUGCGCCGGGAG